UCCCAGUGAGAAGAACCUGAGCCCGCGAGUCCAGACGCCAUGUCUCUGACCAAAGGCGACAAGACCUCAGUCAUCUCCAUCUGGGGAAAGGCGGCCACCCAGGCUGACGCCAUCGGGGCUGAGUCGCUGGAGAGGCUGUUUGCCAGCUACCCCCAGACCAAGACCUACUUCCCCCACUUCGACCUGAGCCAGGGCUCGGCCCAGCUGCGCACCCACGGGUCCAAGGUCAUCGGUGCCAUCGGGGAGGCCGUGAAGAACAUCGACAAUAUCGGGGGCGCCCUGUCCAAGCUGAGCGAGCUGCACGCCUACAUCCUCCGCGUCGACCCCGUCAAUUUCAAGCUCCUCUCCCACUGCAUCCUGGUGUCCUUGGCCUCUCGCUUCCCGGCCGACUUCACGGCCGAGGCCCACGCCGCCUGGGACAAGUUCCUGUCCAUCGUUUCCUCCAUCCUGACCGAGAAAUACAGAUGAGCGCCCUGCCGCUACGAGGAGGAGAGAGGGGCCGAGUCACCGAUGGGUCCUGGCGCACAGGGGGCUGCCUCCACCUAUUCCUCUGACCUCCAAGCCCCCCGCCCCUGGGAGGUUGUCCUUCUCCAAGAGCCUAAUAAAAGGAUAAUAAAAUCAA